AGCUCUGCAAAAAAAACUAUUUUCCACAAUUGCGGUUGAACCACACAACCAUUAAAUUUGCUCUGGGAGGAAAAUGCCGUUUUUGCGUGUUUCAAUUCAAAUCUCUUAAUUUUAUUUGAAUUUUAGACGCUCUCUCAGACUACGCCGGCUCACGGCUGACUAGUUAAGUUGUUGUUUAAUAACAUGUUCAUAUGUUUUUAGAUCUUAAGGUAACUGUUUUGUUUUUAUAAAUGAAAAUGUCUCGAGGUACGCUCUAUUUUAUUACAAGCAACAAAGACAAGCUUGCUGAAGUGAUUGCCUUAUUGGGCCAUGAUUUUCCAUACAAGUUAGAAUCUAAAAAGGUUGAUCUCAAUGAGUAUCAAGGAGACGAAGACUUUAUUGUGAAGAAAAAAUGUCUUGAGGCAGCUAAACUCGUUAAUGGUCCUGUUAUGGUGGAGGACACUAGUUUGGGCUUCGAUGCAUUCGGUGGCCUGCCUGGUCCUUAUGUCAAGUAUUUUCUUGACUCAAUUGGCCCUGAAGGAUUGCACAAAAUGCUGAUGGGAUGGGAAAAUAAAAAUGCUUCGGCUGCUUGUCGGAUUGGAUUCUGUGAAUCACCUUCAUCUGUUCCAAUUAUUUUCAAAGGAAUCGUUAAAGGAUCAAUUGUAGAACCUAGAGGAUCAACUGGAUUUGGAUUUGAUUACUGCUUCCAACCAGAAGGUCUAUCUUUAACAUUUUCUCAAAUGGAAAUGGAAUCAAAAAAUAAAUUAUCCCAUCGGUAUUUAGCAGUUCAAGCUAUGAAAGUAUUUUUCCAAAAGGAAAAAGAUCAAUAGUUACUCAAAAUUCUGAACCUCUCAAAGUAUCAUUAAACAUAAAUCAAACACAAGAAUUUUUCAAAUAUCAAUGUUGGUAACUUUAUUGAUAACUGAAAUUCAAAUCCAGAGUCAGCUAUUCAAUCAAUCAAAAAGAAAAGCGGUAAAAAAUCCAUUUCUUCAUUUGAUUCCAUCUUGUUAAACUUUACAUGUGUGUUGUUAUAUACAGAUUGGACAUUACAUCUUGAUUAACGGAUAUAUUCAUGUUUUUUGAA